AAAUUAAUCUACGUCAUUUGUUAACGAAAUUGAUACACAAACAAACCUUUAUGCCACAAAUACGAUUAGUUAAUUUAAAUUGUUUAUAUGGACAUAAGUAGUGAAAUACUGAAGCUUUUGUACUAGUCAUGUGAAUGUAAAUAAGCCUAUAUUAACUUUAGAACAUGGAUGUACACAUUGUUAUAACUUUUACCCACAUGUAGAGAAAUCUAAAAUUAGGUACCCAUUUUCGUUGACAUAAUAUUGAUGAAGAACUGGUCAAAAAGACAUGUGUACGAUAGAGGAUAUGCGGGAUGUUUAAGUAAAACAUGUCCUUAACCAUUCUGUUGGAACUUGGGCACAGUGCCUCUUUGAAACAGAAAAAAGAUUCUGCAGGAUUCACUCAUGAUUGGGAAGUUUUUGUUAGAGGACAGAACGAAGCUAAGAUUCAAUAUUAUGUAGAAAAGGUGGUCUUCAAUCUGCAUGAAAGUUUUCCCAAACCAAAGCGAGUUGUAAAGGAUCCGCCGUUUUCGAUCAGAGCCUCUGGGUAUGCCGGUUUUAUCAUUCCUAUCGAUAUAUACCUGAAGAAUAAUAACGAACCGAAAAGGAUAACAUUUGAUUAUGAUCUUUAUCUUCAUUCGUCUGGCCCUUCGAUUCAUAGAGUACAAAAAGAGAAACACACAUUUCCCAGCCCGUCUGAAGAAUUUAGAAGUAAGCUGUUGAAAGGAGGAGCAAUAGGGGAAGGAAAUCACGAAAAUAGUAUAAAAGAAGACAAAAAUCAAAUGAGUAAUAGACCAAAAUUAGGUACGUCGGAUGUCCCAAAAAAACACAAAAUGAAACUAGACGAGCCAAGAACGACCGACUUCGAAAACCUUUUUGGUACUCCAAUUAAAAAAACUAGUAAACUUCCCGAAACUCCUAAACCGAAGGAACCUCCCCCCGCAAAACCCCCAAACCCUGAAAAAUCUUCUGAAAAAGACAAAAGUGAUAAGGUAAAAUCAAAUAAAAGUGCCCAUAAAGAUAAGGAUAAAGAUAAAGAAAAAUCCAAAGAAAAGUCCUCGGAAAAUGCGGAUAAAAGAAAUAAAGAAGAGAAGAGAAAAUCAAAAGAUGAUAAAAGUAAAGACAGGGACAGACCGAAGGAAAAAAGUUCCAAAAAAGACAAAGAAAGAGAAAAAUCACCAGUUUCCAGACCGAGAAGUCCAAGUCCAAAAAAAUCACCUAAACGAGAACCUAGCCCACCUCCAGUACAAAAACAUAGUAAUAAAGAAAAAGAAAGUAGCAAAGAAGAGAAAAAAGAGAAAGAUAAAGAUAAGGAUAAAAAGGAAGAUAAAAAAUCGAAAAAAGAUAAAAGGGACCACAAAGAAGGUAAACACAAAGAUAGGGAAAAGGAUAAGGAACAUCGAGAGCAUAAAAGUAAAGAUAGCAGUAAAUCUAGGGAAAAAGAACCUUCAGUUAUUAAGAAGGAAUCUAGUCCUGCUCUUCCUACACCUAUAAGUUCUCAAAAUUCUCACAAGACUGAUAAAAAACCGAAAGAAAAAGAACCUAUUAAGGAACCACCAAAAGAAGAGGAAAAAAUAGAGAAACCAGAAAAGCGUGAAAAGACAAUUAAUGAACCCGAAGACAGACAGAAACACAAGCAUAAGAAAAAAGACCGCAAAGAAAAGAAAGAAGAGAAACAUUCCAAAAAGGAAGAAAGAAAGAUCGAGAAACAUCCCAGUUCAACUACUAAUUCUAAAGAAGUAGUUGUUAAAGAGGAAAAACCCACGCCCCCUCCCCCCAAUCGACCAGUAGAUAAAAGUAAUUUAUUCGGUAGUCCGAAAAGUAGAUCCCCUUCGACUCCUAAGGAGCCAGAAAUUAAAGUAGAAAAUAAUACCCUCUUUUCCAGGGAUGAUGAGUCGUCAAACGACUCGGUAAAGAUGAGUAGCAGAGAAGCAUCACCGGUCCAAAGGCCGCCUUCAAAAUCCCCCUCGCCCCUUCCACCAGUUGAACCUGUAAAAAAACCGGAACCUGAGAAGAAAAAGGAGCCAUCGCCAAAGAAAAAAGACAAAAAGGAAAAGAAAAAGGACAAGAAAGUCGACAAAGAAAAAGAUCACGAGAAAAAGAAAAAACGGAAAAGUGAUCCUAUUACAAAUGAUAAAUUAGAACCUCCGGAAAAAAUUGUAAAGUUAGAAGAAGAGAAUAAUUCGGACGAGGAAAGUAAAGUAUCAAGCACUGAAGAUACUACAGCGGUCAUUCAACCAAAAAGUGAAUGCGAUAUGGACAUGCUGCGUGAACUUCAGCGUAAAAUAAUGAGCCUGAAGGACAAUUCUGAUCUCCAAAAAGUGGUACAACUAAUUGCAGAAACCGGCCAGUACGAAGUCUCUGCUCAUACAUUCGAUUUCGAUUUGUGUUUGUUAGAUAGGUCAACAGUGAGGCAACUACAAGACUUUUUCUCAACGAUAUCGUAGUAAAAACUAAUUAUAAACACUCCAAAGAGUUGUGAAUAGUGGUGUGUCGGUCACGGUAAAAGUAGAGCUGGGUAAAAUCUAUGUUUAAUUACUUUUUAUAACAAUCGAUGUAAACGUAGACAAUUUUUAUAUAUUUCUUUAUGUCGAUUAGUCUUUUUUAUGAAAAUUCGAAUCUGGUAAGAAGUACAAACUCAUUCUCUAAAAUCUGCUUAAGUACAAAUAAAUUAAUAAUUAAUAUCGUCAUUCUACAGCUGAAAAUGUUUGAUGUUUUGCUCUUUUUAAAAAUUACAAAAAAGUGUUACUUCAAAAUAUACAAUUAUACCAGUUUAUCUGUGAAAAAAUCAUUGAUUUCGCGUAAAAAUCUUAUACAAAUAUUUGAAGGUUCUAAAAGCUAUAUGAGGGGUAACUAACUGAUAAUCUUAAAAAGGGAAAAAAAUAUUUUUUGAAACGUUUCUUACACAUUUUAGAGAAAUAUAGUUCAAAUAAAAGUUGUAGAUCAUAUCAACUUCUUUAAUUUUGAGCCAUUCCAAAUUAAAAUACAUAAACAAUUGACUGAAAUAUUUGCAAAACCCCUUAUUUUUGCGCAAUUUAUAAAUGUUGGUAACUUUGUUUUUUGCAUUAUGGUAUUUAAUAUAACUACUGGACAGUUAAUGAGUUAUUAAAGUGUGCUGAAUUUCAAACAUAUCGACCAACUUACUUUCUAGAACCUUUUAUGGCCAAUAGGAAAUAAGAUAGCGUUUUUAAAUCAUAUUUUAAUAAAAGAAAAGAAAAGAUGGUUCAGAUUUGAUUACAGUACAGAGCCUCUACUAUGUGCUUAUACAUAUUUCGGAAUAACCUUUUCCUCAUCGGAGCACCUGGAUAGAGGCACUGAACUAAAAUCAAAUCCUUUCAUCCUUUCCGGGUAAUUAUCAAAAUAGUUACCAAAGAUGCUACUAGCACCAUCUAUGAAUCGAAAGUUGAGUCAGGAAAUAAAAUUCGAAAUCAUUUAUCCUCUGAGCUUUUUAAGUUGGAAAAAUGAAGUAUAACAGAGUGGCGAAAUACUCGACAAGGGAAAUCUAAAUUGCAUUUCACGUCCUGUUAGGACGUGAAUCUAGCAUCUUUGGUAAUUAUUUUGAUAAUUACCCGGAAAGGAUGAAAGAAUUUGAUUUCAGUUCAGUGCCUCUACCCAGGUGCUCCGAUGAGGAAACGGUUAUUCCGAAAUACGUAUAAGCACAUAGUAGUGGCUCUGUACUGUAAUCAAAUCUGAAGCAUCUUUUCUUUUCUUUUAGUUUAUACUUUAUUCACCUUUGGUGGAUUUUUAUUAUCACUUAUUAUCACGGUGAAUGCCAGGACGUGAAAUGCAAUUUAGAUUUCCCUUGUGGAGUAUUUCGCCACUCUGUUAUGCUUUAUUUAUGCUCAGAAGAUAAAAUUUCGAAUUUUAUUUCGUGACUUAUUAGACUUUUGAUUCAUAGAUGGUGCUAGUAGCAUCUUUGGUAAUUAUUUUGAUAAUUACCCGGAAAGGAUGAAAGAAUUUGAUUUCAGUUCAAUGCCUCUACCCAGGUGCUCCUAUGAGGAAACGGUUAUUCCGAAAUACGUAUAAGCACAUAGUAGAGGCUCUGUACUGUAAUCAAAUCUGAACCAUCUUUUCUUUUAGUUUAUAUUUUAUUCACUUUUGGUGGAUAUUAAAGGAAAUAGUUCGCUAAAAUUAUUAUCACGGUGAAUGACAGGACGUGAAAUGCAAUUUAGAUUUCCCUUGUCGAGUAUUUCGCCACUCUGUUAUGCUUUAUUUUUCCAACUUAAAAAGCUCAGAGGAUAAAUAAUUUCGAAUUUUAUUUCCUGACUUAUUAGACUUUUGAUUCAUAUUUUAAUAACUCAUUAACUGCCACCAUUUUGAGUAGGUAGUUUUAUUACAUCAUUAUGCAAAAAAAUAAAGAUAUUAACGUUUAUAAAUUAUUGCAAAAAUAAGGGUUUUUUAAAAUUAUCUGUCAAUUGUUUAGGUCUUUUAAUUUGGAGAUUCAUUUUAUGAUUUACAACUUUUAUUUGAACCAUUUUUCUUUAAAAUAUAUAAGAUACAUUUUAUAUGCAAAAAAUACUUUUUUCACUUUUUCAAAAAUCAGCUGUACGUCUUCACUAGUUUUUCAUCAGCUACCCCUCGUAUACCUUUUAGACUCUUCAAAUAGCUGUAGUAAGAUUUUUUCUGCUGUUUUUCCUUGACUGGUAUAAAUUAUUUAAGAGCACUUAAAUCAUAUUCGAUAUGGUCUACCUCAAUACCUCCAAUAUCUUUGUACAUCAAACACAAUAUGGGCUGUUUCAUAUUAUAAGAAUUUUGAACGUGAUAAUUUUGACGCACUUGUUCUUUUCACACAAUAAGAAUUGAGUCGCACGAAGAUAUUUUGCUGUGUUGUUUGGUAUAUUAUUUUUAUUUAUACUUUGUGGCUGAGGUAGGUACAUGAUUGAUGUCUGAUAUGUAUCAUGACGAUAUAUCAUUACAAAUGAGUAUUUUUUGUCCAUACUUUUGUCCUAAUGUACUGUAAUGCGUAUUUAAUUCAUUUGAAAUUUCUAUUUUGUCAGUUAUUAUUUCUUAUGUUUUUACUUAAAAGUCUUAAUUUGUUUUUAUAAUCGUUGUUCUGCUAAGUUAUUUGUGGGAUCUUGUAUUAGCUCAUCUAAUUAGCUCAUACAAUAUAUGUAACAAACUAUUCUAAAUGGGAAAUAAGCCACAAUUUAACUAAAAAAUUAUUUUAUUAACGUUUCGACAUCCGAUUUGGGCGUCUAAAUGUUAAUAAAAUAAUUUUUUAGUUAAAUUGUGGCUUAUUUCCCAUUUAGAAUAGUUUAUUACAAAAAUGCCACAAGGAAAUAGCUUCAGAACAACAUUACAAUCUAUGUUUUUCAUGUACAUAAUUUAAAAGACCUCCGUCAUCCACUCGUUGUUAAAUGUUGUUCCCCUCGUUUUAAAUGUUGUUUUUAGAUAAUUUCACACAAGACGUGACGGCCGCCCUACUCCAGUCUUCACCGAGUCGUUUACCCUAUAAAACUGAAUUUAAUUUCGUAGAAUAAAAGGUAUAGUUAUAUUAUAUGAAGCGAAAUCAAAUUAUAGCGUUGUGGUUACUUUAUCUUCGAAGAAAGAGAAAUAAGAGGAACCGAAUUCAUUGGGUCCAUCCUAUGAACGCAAAAAGAUACGAUUUAUAUAUUUUUAUAUUCACACAUAUUGAUGGAGCACCCUCUAUACUAAACGUUAAUUGCAACUAUGUAAAAUAAAGUUUAUAUGUGUUUUUUUUUCUUUAUCACCUAAUUCGUCAAAUUCACUGUUAAGUGCACGGCAUACACCAUUCCAAGCAUUUCUCGUCAAGUUUCUAUCUUUACAUAUUUCUAUUGUUUUGUCCCAAAGAACCGGUCUCGCUUCAAUUAAUUUUAUUAAUAUUUCACUAUCAAUCUGAGACAUCAUAAUAUAAAAUAUAUGCACCUACUUCAAACAGUCACAAAGUGUAAAUGAAAAUAAUGUACCAAACAGCCAAAGAAACUACCUUCGUUCGACUGAACGACAGUAUCAUACGAAAGGAUGCAUUAAGUCCCCUAUGCUACUGGCUGCUGUCUGUUGUAGCAAGGGACGACAUAAACACGGCGACUUCACCAAACGUUCCAACCACCGUCUAGUGAGAAAGGCUCCAUAUGAUUACAUGAGCCACCAUUGGAAUAUUUUCGUGCGUUCUAACCAUCGCAUGUUUAAAUUCUUAUAAUGUGAAACAGCGCUAUGAUUUCGUCGCGCAGGUUUUGAAAGUGCUAUUUUACCUACAUUGGUUAUAUAAAUCUGUUUAAAUAGGUGCAAAUUUAUAAAGGUUACUAGCCCAUUUCAUGUACAUAUCGAUACUGUUGCUUUUAAUGCUACUGACAAGUCAGAAACAAAAGUAUUGACGUUUUUUACUAUUAGAAUUUUUUUUAUUUGCUUUGACCUUGACAAUUAGCCAGCCUGUUUGAAUUUUGUACAUAUUGUUAGUAAUCAGUGUCGAUUAGGUAGUUGAAUAGAAAACAAAGCGCGCAAUGAAGUUGAAGCGAUGAAAAUAACGCGAGCGUUGCAGAGUUAAGAAGAGAAGCGAAAGAAGAAAAAUGUACAGAACCGUUAGCUUUGUAUUGUUUUUGCAUUGUGUUUUUUGAAAUAAAGUUUUUAAUCGUUGAA